AUCACAUUGGGUUCUAGCAAGUUUGACUAAGGCCCCACUAGUUCAGGGCUCAAGGUUAGGGUUCAACGAAUUAUUCUCCUCCCAUCACAUAUGGGCUAUACCUCCUCUCAGCACGAGUGAGGUGGAUCGUUACUAGCCGGUCUGACUUAGACGUAAGUGGAAAUGCAGUCGAGUCAAGGUCGUUUUGGGGAUUUCCUCCUUUAAUCGGGAUAUGUUGGUUGGCCAGGCUGCGAAAAUAGAAAUAGUAUGCUGAACACUUCCAAUAGAGCUUUCAGCACUGCAAAUGUGUGACUGACAGAGAUGGCUUGGCCAGUUCAGCUGUCCAGCCUGCUCAUGCCAGCUGCUCGUCUCCGCACCAUCUAUCAUCAGUCGUGGCUGAGUGUGGCUGGCAGACACUUCUUUGCUGGUGAUGAACCCACAGCAGGGCUGGACUGGGACUACCUGCUGGAUCCUGCCAAUGCCGACCAAAUCGACGCUGAUGUGCAGCGCCGCAAGGGCGUCGGCAACGUUUGGCUAGUGCAGGAGUUACACGCGCAGUACAGCGCGGCAGCAGCCGCCGAACGUCUGCCCGUGCUGCGCCGGCUGGUGGCCGAGGCGCUGCGACUGCCGAACCGCACCCGGCCGUCGCCCGAUUCGGACGAGAUGGAGGUGGCGCGCAAGGUCGGCCAGAAGCCGUCCUUCGACUUCCCUGUCAAGGACUUUCGGCACCGUGCCCAGAAGCUCAACAUGUUCCGUAUGGACAACCUUGGACUGCUCACGGGUAGCCGGACAUAUUACCUGAAGCACGAGCUGGCUGAGCUGGAGGCGGCCCUGGUGCGGCACGCGCUCUCCACGCUGACGGGCGCCGGCUUCCGGCUCGUCUCCGUGCCUGACCUGCUGCACUCGUCCUACCUGGAGGCCUGCGGUGUGCCUGUCCAUGGCGACAGGACCAUGGUGUACUCGCUGGACGAGCGGCUGCACGGCGACGUGUGCCUGUCGGGGACGGCCGAGAUGGCGCUGGCUUCGCUGCUGGCCGGUCGCCGCCUGCCGCCGUCGCGGCUGCCGCUCCGGCUGGCCGCCGUGUCACGCUGCUUUCGCCCCGAGGUCUCCAACCUGGAGGCUGAGUCCGGGUUGUACAGGGUUCACCAGUUCACCAAGGUGGAGAUGUUCGGCGUGUGCGACGGCGACCUGUCCGCAUCGGAAGCCCUGCUGCAAGAGUUUGUGGACCUGCAGCAGCGCAUCUUUACAGCUCUGGGGCUCCACAUUAUUAUUUACGACAUGCCUCCACAUGAAUUGGGUGCCGCUGCCUACCGCAAGUACGACGCCGAGGCGUGGAUGCCGGGCCGGGGCCUGUACGGCGAGGUGAGCAGCGCCAGCAACUGCACCGACUACCAGAGCCGGCGGCUGCGCGUGCUGGACGAGGCCGGCCGGCCGCUGCACACCGUCAACGGCACGGCCUGCGCCGUGCCCCGCACCCUGCUGGCGUUGCUCGAGACGCACCAGCGGCGCGACGGCUCGGUGGCCGUGCCGACGCCGCUGCGGCCGCUCCUCGGUGGCCUGGAGCUCCUCCGACCGCGGCCCGGCCGCGCCCAGUGGAGCCGGCCGCACCGGCUCCGACUCAGUGAUCAGAGCUGACGGCUCAGUGGUCAGAGCUGACACCUGCGGUGAGAACGGUGGCUGGGGCCGAGCACUGGGUCCCCGAUGUCUGCUUUGUGGAUGAGCGUGUGGAAUGCAAUGGGCGUUCGUUGGCACUGGCUGUUGUCUGCGACAUGUGACAUCCAGACAGUGGUGCGUGGUCGAUACGGAACUAUCCGGUGAUCAACUAUGCAAUCAAGUCCCCUUUGUGUUCGCUGCGUUUUGGAUAGACGGAACAGCUACGAA